AGCACCACAGCGCCGCUUUCAUUUCUUUGACUCGAUACGUCGAUCACAUUCACCACCACCGCAAAUUCAAUCACCAAAAGUUCCCCACAAUUCACAUUCACCUCUCAGCAUUUCUACAAUGGGUCCGUUCACAGCGCGAUCAAUGUCAGGUAUGCGACAGAGCUUAGGGCUGAUGCGCUCCUCCUCUUCCUCCCUCCCUUUCUCUCUCGCUCCUGCAAAUGUCCGGGCAUUCCACCAAACGCUGCUACGGGCAGGUGUUCAAAUCGAGCGAAUCACUCCCGGUGACGGCAAGACUUUUCCUCAAAAGGGACAAACCGUCUCCAUCCACUACACUGGCACGUUGGAGAAUGGUAGCAAGUUCGACUCUAGCCGCGACCGCGGAUCGCCUUUCCAGACUGCCAUCGGCGUAGGCCGUGUGAUCCGAGGUUGGGAUGAGGGUGUCCCUCAACUGAGCGUUGGCGAGCGCGCCAAGCUCACCAUCACUCCUGACUACGGCUACGGUGCUCAGGGCUACCCCCCUGUCAUUCCUGCUAACAGCACUCUCAUUUUCGAUGUCGAGCUGCUUGCUGUCAAGUAAAGGCUCAUGGGUACAACACGUCCUGUGUACAUGUGUGCACUUCGCAUUCACACUCCGCGGACGUCUACAAAUGAAAUCGAAAUGAAGCUUUGCUAUUUGCGCUCACGUCUAGUCUGUAGGUUCGGGCAGGGUUUGAAAGUCAGACUGUAUGCAGGCCAAGAUGAAAUUGGAUUUGGGUGAAUCUCAAUAUUGGCUUGU